AAUUCUACCUUCCUCUUUUAUUAAUUGUCAGAUUUUGUUUCCUCUCAUUUUACGAGAAGUUAGGUAGGAAUCGUAGGAGAAACAAAACGGACCGACACGUUCAGACUGGUUCAUUGUUCAAGCGUUCAACGUCAAAAUUGUCAAACCUUGUAAAGGUUUGUGUUCAUCCGUAAUUUAAUCAUAUUGUGUAAUAAACUUCCUGCUACAGGGAUAUAUUAAUUAAAUAACAUAAUCUCCAAGUGCUGUGAUAUAGAUUUAUAUUAAUUUAACGAAAUGUCGAACCCCUGGAAGAAAAUAGCUGCACCUUCGGAAGUUCAAGGUUUAUCGGAUAUUAUGUCCGAAGAGAUCGCUAGAGGUCUUCAAAUAAAAGAAGAAUUAAAGUUUGCUGAGCAGCUUUCAGACCAGCAUGUAAGUACUUCGAAGGAAAUACCACAAGAAUUGUUGCAAGAACUCGAGGAAUCAAAUGUCAAAGAAUAUUGCGACUCAGAUGCGAUUAUUGCAAAAGUGUUGCAAUGUCAGUUCGAUAGAGAAUACGAUGAUGAACUCAAAAUGGUUGAGAAGAAACGUAACGGCGACGCUAAAGUAUCGGUGUCGUACGAUAACUAUUUCAACGUCCCACAACAUUUGAUUUACGAUUCUGAUUCUGAAGAUGAUGACUUUAAUGGAGGAAAGAAAGAUUGGGACCGCUUUGAAACUAAUGAGAAAGAGUUCGCAAACCUGCCUCGUCGCGGUUACGUCUUGAAAGAUGGACAGUUGAUCACAAAACACGAUGGUGUAAUAAAUGCCCGGAGGAAUGCUUGCAAAGUUAUGGCCUUUCCACCAGAAGUGUGCACUGGUGACGGUGCUGGUUUCGACAUGAAGUUAUCCAACUCUGUGUUCAACCAUUUGAGAGAGCAAACAAGACACCAUCAGACUCGCAAGCACAAAAUGUUAGAUCGUAAAGAAAGCCAUGCCACUGCCGAAAUGGGUCUGGACGAGCCAACCAGACUCAUUCUGUUUAAACUAAUUAACAAUGAAGUUCUGGAUGAUAUCAAUGGGAUCAUCUCCACUGGCAAAGAAUCAGUUGUGUUACAUGCAAAUGGUAACACUAACAACCCUGACUUAACAGUUCCUAAAGAAUGUGCAAUCAAGGUGUUCAAGACUACACUCAAUGAGUUCAAAACUCGGGACAAGUAUAUAGAGGCAGACUACCGUUUUAAAGACCGCUACUCCAAGCAGAAUCCUCGUAAGAUUGUACACAUGUGGGCUGAGAAAGAGAUGCACAACAUGAUCCGCAUGAAGAAGAUUGGUCUAAACUGCCCUGACAUGGUGUGUUUGAAAAAACAUAUUUUGGUGAUGUCAUUCAUUGGUAAAGACAGUAAGCCUGCUCUGAAAUUAAGGGAAGUGAUUUUGAAACCAGACCAAUGGCAGAGUGUGUACAAUGAGGUUGUGGAGUCAGUACAUAAGUUGUACAAUGUUGGGCACUUGAUCCAUGCUGAUCUGUCAGAGUACAACAUUCUAUGGUGGGACAACAAAUGUUGGUUCAUUGAUGUGUCACAGUCAGUCCAGCCAGACCAUCCUAAUGGACUUAGAUUCCUGCUGAGGGACUGCAAUAAUAUUGCUAAUUUCUUUGAGAAAAAGGGUGUUACUGAUGUCAAAUCUGGUGUUGACCUCUUCAAGUCCAUCACAGGCUUUGAUGAGAUUGAUGUGAACUUCCUUGAAGGUGUUCACACAACUUACAAUUCUUUGUCAUCACGCUUCGAGAUAGCACCAGAUGACAACAGAAAUGUCAGCUACCCAUUUGAGUACUGCUGGCAGAAGUCUAGUGAGGCCAAAGCUAAGAGCGACAAGAGUGCUGAUGAAGAAGACGAAGAGCAGGAGGACGAGUUUGAAGAGAUGUGGUCACACUCCAUUCAGACAAAAGCUUUAGACUCAGCCCCUAACUUUGGAAAUGAGGUACAGGUCAAAGGGAGUAGCUCAAAAGAGAUUGUAGACAACAAGGUCAACUUUGCCAAUGAGCUAGAGGUUGUCAUACCUAAGAUAGAUGAUAAAAGUAGUACAGAUAAAAAGUCUUAAAUCAUUGUAGAAAAGCAGUUUUUACUGAGGUAACAAAGAAAAAAUGUAGGUGUUUUACUGGAAAUACGUAAAAACCAAAAAAAAAGAAUACAAGUGUUUGUAUAUCUGCAUACUAUUAUUUAUCUACUAUGCCAUUGGGAAUUGAAGCAAUUAAAUUGAGUGUUAAAAAUGACUGCAUUAUCAUUUUACAUUUUAACAAUGUAUAUAAAUCACACAUUUUUAAUUUAAUUUAACAUGAUACAAAAAUCAGAAAACAAAAUAAAAAAAACACUUAGGUUCUUCAAAAAAGGUAAAGUGACUUAGAUAAAGAUUUACAUUGUAAAUUUAAUUAAAAUGUAAUUCUAAAUCUAUGUAUACUUAUAAAUAGACACACCAAGACUUGACGUGUCUUUGUUGUCUGGUUGUGCCUCUUACUUAAACACAAUAAAUAAAACACUGGAAUAUUUGA